AUAAGUAAGUUUAUUAUGGGCCGAUGGGCUAACUUGUGAAAGAAGGUAACAUCGACAGUUCUGCUUGGAUAAAGAUUAGGCUGAGAGAGCCACGUACACGAUCAAGAGCCUGAUACGUGGCAAUGUAUGACACGUGGCAUUUCGUAAGAGAAAGUACAGAAGACACAGCCAUCCAGCGGGUGGUUCGGCUAUGCGUCUUCCUCCUCUUUCUCUACUCUUUAACUCUGUAUAAAGCUUUCAAGAAGCUCCUCGGAUUUACUCAGAACAAUUUGAUUGCAGAGAAAGGAAAAGAGCAAAACCAAAGUUAGCAAAUAUUAUGGAUUCGCAAGCGCAGUUGCAACGUCCUCAUGGUCAUCACCAAGCAGAGGAACCAAUUAGGAUUCACCAUCCAGAGGAAGAAGGGCAUCAUGAGAAAGGACCAUCAAAAGUUCUGAAGAAAGUGAAGGAAAAAGCAAAGAAGAUCAAGAACGUUCUUACUAAACAUGGACAUGGUCAUGAGCACGGUCGUGGAGAACACAUCCCCGAUGAUCACGAUCUCGACCAAGAAGACGAUGAAGAUGACUACCAAGGCCAACAACUCCACGGGGGUGCACCAGCACGAGGAAAAGCUCACAAUCCGGUGAAGGAAGAAAUAGUCCCUCCAGGCACGAAAGCAUUUCCGGUUGUGUCUUCUUCACAUACGAAACACUCUGAGCCAAUCAGAGGAGUUGGCCAGGAAGCAGUUUCUCAUCCUGUUAGACCCUCCGGUGUUCCUGAUAAAGAAGAAAGAAGAGGGGCUGCUACAUUGACACCACAUAACACCCCCGUGUCAUUACUCUCUGCGACCGAAGAUGUCACGAGAACAUUUGUUCCUGGUGAAGACAAGUCUAGAGACCAACGUAAGGUCAAUAUGGAGAGACCCAGAGGAUUGGAGCAAGAUCCAGCUGCUCCGGGAUCUCAUGGUCAGGUGUCAAAUGACCAGUCCAAAGUUACUGAUCCCAUCGGAAAAUCUACUGGAAAAAUUGGAGCAGCAACGACUGUCUCAGCUCUUGGAAGAUUAGGUGGCCUUGACACGAAAUCGGCUGCUCCGGGAUCUCAUGUUGGAAUGUCUAAUUAUCAGUCCAAAGUUACUGAUCACGCUGGAAAAGCUUCCGGAGAAAUUGGAGAACAACCACGUGUCGCAGCUUUUGGGAGGGGGGAGAAAAGUCGUGGUUUGGAUACUAAAUCAAGACCUGAAAUGGGCAAGCACUUACCGGCGGGAGACUAUGGAUCUAGUUUGGGAAAAGAAUCUCCGGAGAGGAGUCAAGAAUUUGAUUUGGGAAAAGAUUUGCUAACGAGAACUCAAGGUAUACAAAAGCCUGCUGGUUUUGAUUCGAAAGGUCAGGAGAGAGGAGAUGAAAUGCAGCAGCCGAAUCAGAGCAGCUACACUGAUAAGAUCGCAUUAGCGACUUCGGUCGUAGCUGACAAAGCUGUGGCAGCGAAGAACGCCGUCGCUUCGAAGCUCGGUUACUCUGGGGAAGCCGGCCACGAGAAUCGUGUAGAAGGAGCAGAAACUCCUAGCUCCGCUGGUGGAUACGGGAGUACGGUCGCAGGUAUGGUGACUCCAGUUUAUGAGAAGGUUAAAGAAACAGGAGCUAGUGUAAUGACGAAAUUGCCAUUCUCCGGGACAGGGACAGAGCAAGGACAAGACAAGGGCGUCUCUGCUAAAGAAUAUCUUACGGAGAAACUGAGUCCGGGAGAGGAAGACAAGGCUUUGUCGGAAGUGGUCGCUGAGAAGCUGCAUCUUGGAGGAGGCGGUGGCGAGCCGAAGAAGGGGAUAGUGACACAAUCGGAGGAGGUGGAGAAAAGGCUAGGACGGUUUAAGGAUCCGAGCUCGGAAGCAGCUACAAAACACGGUGAAGAGUAUGCGGAGGAAGGCGAAGGAGGGAUGGCGGAGAAGCUGAGAGGAGCUGUUACUUCUUGGCUUGCUGGUACGACGGAAGAAGUAACGCAAAAGUCUACAGAAUCUGUUCAAGACUCUACACAGUCACUUGGCUCCACCGUUGGGAAUAAAAUGGGAAUUUCUGGUUCGGGAGGAGAGGAAGCAGGCAAUGGUGGUUCUGUGCCUUUGCAGAGGAGAUUUCAAGAAUCUGGAAAGUGAGCUUUGCUUCUUCUUUUUUUCAUGUAUGUCAAUGUGUUUUGUGGUUUGAUCCAUGGCUUAUUUUGAUGUAUCUCUAUCUACUAGUGCCAUGUAAAAAGUAUGAAUAGUUGGGUUUAAAUGUUUA